UCUGUCCAAUUCAUGCUUUGUUUCCAUUCCAUGUGCACCUUAUUUCCUUACACUGCAGCUUCCCAUCUAACCUCUCUCUCUCUCUCUCUCUCUCUCUCUCUCUCUCUCUUCUUGCUCCAUUGUGUUGUUCCCAGCUCAAAGAUUCUUGGGAUAGUUCUGCCUUCUGUGAUUGAGCUAUGACGAAGGAUUUGUCAUAAGAGUGCAUUGUUUUACCAUUCUUUCAUAAACAAUGGUUGCAGAAUCAUGGUUUCGCACUCUCUGGAAGGUUCCUCGGAAGCAUGAUGCUAAUGCUGAGAAGGUUGUGGUUGAAGUAUUAGCAUUUGAAGUGGCAAGCUUGAUGUCCAAGCUGGUUAAUCUAUGGCAGACUUUGAGUGAUAAACAGAUUGCUAAGUUGAGAGAGGAGAUCACAAAUUCGGUUGGCAUAAGAAAGCUAGUUUCUGAUGAUGAUCAUUUCAUUGAACGUUUGAUCUGUGCAGAGAUACUCGAGAACAUGGCACAUGUGGCUGAAUCUGUGUCUAGACUUGGUAAGAAAUGCAGUGAUCCGAGACUUAAAGGUUUUGAGAAUGCCUUUUAUGACUUCAUCGUUAUGAGUUUCGAUCCAUAUGGGUGGGAAUUCUCUUUCAAGAAGAUGGAAAAAAAGAUCAAAAGGAUGGAGAAGUUCAUAUCAGCUAAUGCAAGUUUGUAUCAAGAAAUGGAAGUGCUUGCUGAUCUUGAGCUAACUCUUACAAGAAUGAAGGCGAGCGGUGAGUCAGAUGCCAUAACUUUAAUUGAGUUUCAAAAGAAGGUUGGGUGGAAGAGGCAGGAGUUAAAGGAGUUACGGGAGGUUUCUUUAUGGAACAGGACAUAUGACUACACCAUAAAUCUUUUAGCAAGAUCCUUGUUCACGAUAUUUCAUCAGAUCAACCAGGUGUUUGGAAUUCAAGAGGUGGUAGAAGCUGAUGGAACCAACAAUUCAGGUGUCUUGAAUUCAGAUUUUAUUUAUAGAAGUCAAUCAGUUUCUACAUUGUUGCAAUCUACAGGCAACCCAUCGCAGAACAGCAUUCCAAGAUUUUCUUCAGGGCCCCUUAAUCUACAUGCUCUUACUGCUAGAUCAGGUCCUAUUGGUAGAUCAGGUCCAAUUGGUGGAACAAACAAAACCAGCAUUUUCCGUUCCGGUCCUCUUGGUGACUCGUCAACAAAAUCAGGGCCAAUUUCAGCAAAGCAUCCAAGUGUUAAUUUUUAUUCAGGUCCUCUUGGAAGGAAUCUGAAUCAAUCAGCCCCAGUUUCUGGAAAAACUAAAAAGAGCAAGAUUUGGAAGUUUUAUGGACACUCGGCGGCUUUAACUGGGAAGGAAAGUCACUCACGACCAAGUCGACUGACUCAAGUAGGACCUUUCAAAGGAUGCAUGGCUUCAGACAGUUCAGUUUCCGAAUGCCACUCAAGCACAAAGAGUGUUCUUUAUGGAACCAAUAAUCCCAAAGAGGCUCACUCAAAUAUUCUCCAUGGAAGACUAUUUCAUCAUGGUCAAUCAGUCUUCAAAUCCUUAUGCAAGCUACUAAAGCCUCCACCCGAAACUCUUGGUGCUGCUGCAUUGGCGUUGCACUAUGCAAAUGUUAUCAUUGUGAUUGAGAAGCUAGCAGCUUCUUCCAACCUGAUUGGUCCUGAUGCAAGAGAUGACCUAUACAGCAUGCUCCCUGGUCGUGUUAGAACUGCACUUAGAGCGAAGUUAAAGCCGUAUACCAAGUCUAUGUCGGCGUCAUCAUUGGUCUAUGACACAAGUCUUGCUGAAGAAUGGAAUGAAGCAAUGACAAGCAUAUUGGAGUGGCUGGCACCACUUGCUCAUAAUAUGAUAAGAUGGCAGUCCGAGAGAAGUUUCGAACAGCAGAGCUUUGUUUCCCGGACAAACGUGCUUCUCGUACAAACCCUUUACUUUGCGGAUCAAGAGAAGACAGAAGAAGCAAUCACUGAGCUUCUUGUAGGUCUGAACUAUGUCUGGAGAUAUGCUACGGAGCUGAAUGCAAAAGCUCUGGCAGAGUGCGUCAGUUUUAGGAUAGACAAUGAAUAUCCUAAUCUGGGUGGAUAGCACAAUUCUCAGUUUUGGUCUCAGCCAUUUCCAACAUGAGUCCAGUUCCUUGCAGAAAACACCAAAAUCAGUGUGAAUCAGAUGCUAGCUCAAGUAUGAAAGAAGUACCACACUCACGACAAUUAAAUUAUCAGAAUGAGUUGAUGGUGAGGGAUUUUUUUUACAGUCACUUUAUUCUCUUUGAUGAGUUCCGAGAUAGAACUUUAGAUGGCUGCUUCAUCUUUGCAAAGCUGCUCCCGUUACUCUUCUUCUUACCUUUGCUGAGCUCCUACAAGACGUUUAGGGUGUGUAUAUUAAUGAGCAUUGUUUGCGUACUUAAUUGUAUAGUUCUAUUACACAAUGGUGAA